AUUCAAUAUCUUCGACCGUCAAUUCAAUACGUGAAAUAAAAUUUAGGAAAACAAAUGACUUCAAUUUCCUCAUUAAAUUGUGUAAAUUUCAAAAAGAAAGUGUUCGUUGCAAAAUUGUAAUGGAAGUUGAUAAAAGCGAGCCAAGUAGAAGCGAACAAAGUAUCUCAGAAUGUUUCAACGAAGCGGUGAAAACUUUUGAAGAAAUAUCCAAUUGUGAUUUGGCUACGAACAGUUCUGAAGUUCAGUACAAAGUGAAAAAAUGUAUGAAUUUACUAGAGGAUGUUACCAAGAUGGUAUCAUGCGCUGCUAUGUUCAGUCCAAACGAAUCAAUCGAAGAAUUGCCUACUCCAAGCGUGAAAUUUCUUCUCUUACCGGUACUUCUGGGUACUUUAUCGUUGAAAUUGACAUCCGGCGAUAGGCUAGAGAUCGUGAAAACUGCUGAAAUGUAUUUCCGCGAUUUUCUACAACGUUGCAAAGAUUACGGUAUUAAAUCGGACAUAGAAAUUCCACCUAUGGAUAAUGGUGAAGAAGGAGGCUCCAGCGAGGGUUCCGAAGCCUCAUUCUCCCCUCGAAAUGUCGAUAUGUUAGCUAUGGCUCGUAGGAGGGCAACAAAAAUCCAACAGUUCCGCGAACAAAAAGAAUUGGAAAAUCAAAUGGCUUUAUUGAGACAGGAAUUCGAAAGCGAUAGAAUCGACGAAGAGGUACAAAGGAAAUACUACCUGUCGUUCAUUAAUUGUUAUAUCAAUAAAGCCAUCGAUGAUUUAGAUUGCCUAAUGUCGGAAAAAAGUUUACUCACUCGUGUCAACAAAGAGAAACCUUUCGGUGCUCCGGUUUGGGACGACGAAGUUGAAAAAACCAGGAAAAAUUAUCGUUCGAAACCUCUGCAGCCAGUGCUCAUUACAAAAGACGAAAUGCAAAAGAAAGUAUUCGGAUAUGGAUAUCCUAGUCUUCCAGUUAUGACUGUCAAAGAAUUAUACGAACAAAGAAUGAGAGACGGAACAUGGGCUCCACCUUGCACAGAUAACCCUACGUCACUGCAAGAAUUCUCCAGCAGCGAAAUCAAAUUAUUGGAAGAAGCGGAACAGGAAGAGCAACAGAUUGAGAAAGAUGAUCCAGAAUAUUUAGAAAGAAAGAGAAGCAUGGACGAAUAUAAAGAUACUCAUUCCAGGGGCUGGGGUAAUCGAUAUAAUCGAAGUUGAACGUUAAAAUGUGCUAAUUUAUUUAAUUUAAAAAACUUUCUUAUGUGAGUUUUCUACUAUUUUAAAAAUUAUUAAUUUAUCUGUGUUUUAAAAUUUUUCGUAUAAUUUGUGUCGUGUCUUGCUUACUUCUUUCUUCGCAAACCCUAUGUACAUUGUAAAUAUUAUAAGCUCCUGAAAGUAUUUCGAUUUUGUAAAUAAAAUUUCUCAAUUAGA